CUUUCCGGUAUCUUUGGCGGCAACGUCCAGGACGAGCGAUAUAAGUCCGCGUUCCUAACCUUGCCAUCUUUUCGAACCCGAACCCCCACUCCGUCGCCAUCCUCCUCCGCAGCCGUCCGCCCGACUCCCAUUCCACCUACAGGCAGUAUUGCCCUCGAAAACGAGCAGCCAUGUCCUCCAUCCACCUCCCCGCUCUGCACAUGUCCAACAUCAUCGCCGCCGACGCACCCCUCACCUCGCCCAUAUCCGAGUCGCUCCCCGUCCCAUGGGACCGCGACCCCGCCCUCGCCGCUCUUUACGACCCGUUCUCACUCCCUUUGUCCGCCUCGCCGCCUACUGUAAUGCCCGGCACGCUCCCUGACACCCGCAAAGUGCUCAAGGGCCGCAGUACCCCCGACGCGGAGCAAUGCCUCCCCACGCACCAAGUCUUCGACUUCAUGCCUGGCAGCACCCCUACGCCGGUCAUGGGAAGCAGCCCCGCGUCCACGCCGGCAUCGUCUCCCCAGAGCGCGACGCAGCCGCUCCCGCAGCGGUCCGGCUCUCAACACACGUUCUCUGCAGGGUCGACAUCAGACAAGACGUCGUCGGCGGGCAGCGUGGUCGUGCCUGCGAAGCGUCCGUCUGUCGGUCCGCCAAACUGCGGCAGCACGAAGAAGGCACGCUCGGGAGAGCGGGUGAGCACGAAGGACUUUGUGCCCCCGGACGUAUCUGGGCUGAGCAAGCGCGAGGCGCGGCUGGUCAAGAACCGUGCGGCAGCGUUCUUGAGCCGGCAGAGGAAGCGGGAGGAGUUUGAGAACAUGGAGAUCCGGGUCGCAGAGCUCGAGCAGGAGAACGCCCGUCUGCUCGCUUCGAUCCAGCAGCAGCAGGGGUCGACGCCAGCUCCCGCCGAGGAUGGUCUGAAGUCGGAGCUUGAGCAGCUCAAGCGGCAACUCGCGGAGACGCAGCAGCGUGAACGCGAGCUGGCAGAGAAGCUGUCGAGCGGACCUAUGCCGGCGUCCGUCGAGAAGCCUGCGGUGAAGAUGGAAGUGGUGGAGCCCCAGCUGCCGGCGUCGUUGCGUGCGCACAAGGGGGAGCGGUCGGGUGCGAGCCUUGGACUCAUGGUCCUUCUGUGUGCGCUGCCCACGCUCCUCUCGAUGCCCACGCACAACACGAUGCCGAGCAGCAUGUCAUUCGGCCACUCCCACUCUCACUCGCAUUCCCACUCGACUUCGCUGGACAUGGCGACGUUCCCGCCCAACGACUACGACUGGGGCCUUGGCUUUGGGACAAGCGCGAUGGACCUCGACCUUGCGCCCUCUACGCUUACCCCGGAGGAGCAGCGCGGUGAGCCCGAGUUCAAGAAGCUCGAGUUCGUCGACCUGGAUGCGGAAAAGUUUGGCUUGAGCGGCUUGGACAUCUCGUUCGACGCGAGCGCGGCAAAGGAUGGGCGCAUCCGUGUGCGGAUCCAUCCUCCGGCGGCUUCGGAUAACGGCAACGGCAGCGAGCAGGCGCAGAUCGAGGAGGACCAGACGAUGUGGCAUGACGCCGAGGACGACCUCGGGCCAUUCCUCGGCGUGGGUUCCGGGUUCGAUCAGGCUUCUUUUGGCUCCAACGGCCUCCGCCCGCUCGACUUCUCGUUCCCGUCGUCGCAGUCCUCGGCAUACUCCGCAGCGUCGUCGUCGCCGUCCCUCGUCUCCUCGCCAACGAACGCCUUCUUUCCGCCCAUGCCCUCACCUUCGCAAACGCCAAACGAGUACGAGUUCGAGCUCGGCAGCGAGUAUGGUAGCGUCGGCAGCGGCAUCUCGCGUGCGGAGAAGCUGUCGAGCGGACCUAUGCCGGCGUCCGUCGAGAAGCCUGCGGUGAAGAUGGAAGUGGUGGAGCCCCAGCUGCCGGCGUCGUUGCGUGCGCACAAGGGGGAGCGGUCGGGUGCGAGCCUUGGACUCAUGGUCCUUCUGUGUGCGCUGCCCACGCUCCUCUCGAUGCCCACGCACAACACGAUGCCGAGCAGCAUGUCAUUCGGCCACUCCCACUCUCACUCGCAUUCCCACUCGACUUCGCUGGACAUGGCGACGUUCCCGCCCAACGACUACGACUGGGGCCUUGGCUUUGGGACAAGCGCGAUGGACCUCGACCUUGCGCCCUCUACGCUUACCCCGGAGGAGCAGCGCGGUGAGCCCGAGUUCAAGAAGCUCGAGUUCGUCGACCUGGAUGCGGAAAAGUUUGGCUUGAGCGGCUUGGACAUCUCGUUCGACGCGAGCGCGGCAAAGGAUGGGCGCAUCCGUGUGCGGAUCCAUCCUCCGGCGGCUUCGGAUAACGGCAACGGCAGCGAGCAGGCGCAGAUCGAGGAGGACCAGACGAUGUGGCAUGACGCCGAGGACGACCUCGGGCCAUUCCUCGGCGUGGGUUCCGGGUUCGAUCAGGCUUCUUUUGGCUCCAACGGCCUCCGCCCGCUCGACUUCUCGUUCCCGUCGUCGCAGUCCUCGGCAUACUCCGCAGCGUCGUCGUCGCCGUCCCUCGUCUCCUCGCCAACGAACGCCUUCUUUCCGCCCAUGCCCUCACCUUCGCAAACGCCAAACGAGUACGAGUUCGAGCUCGGCAGCGAGUAUGGUAGCGUCGGCAGCGGCAUCUCGCGUGCGGGUAGCCCGGGCAUGAGCUCGAGCGGCAAGCGGCGAGUGCGUAUAGCUUUACGCGGGAUGCCCGGCAAGGGCAAGGAGGGAGGCGAAUGGGAGGUGGAGGUUUGCUAGGCUUGAUGCCUGGAGAAUGGAUGUGCAGUGCAGGACAUGCAAAAAUAUGCGUUUCUCAUGCCUGAUGCCUCGCGCGGUCGAGCGGACGCUGCGGGAGGUGCGAUUAUGUGUUAAACUAUCCUCGGUGUGGUUCCACCAUAACUCCCUUUGAUUUCUCAUCCUCUAGUUUUUGUUCUGGUUCUUCGCGCCUGUGCAUGCGCGGUCUUUCUUUGGAUAUCUCCCGCUUGUUUGUUAUUUGUGACUCGUCGUACCCUACUCGCUCGUCUGUAUUGUUUGGCUCUCGUGCUCUCGCCCUCGCCCAUUGCAUUCAUACGUCGUAAAAAAAACCGUAUUAUACCUAUCCCCGAUGCAUCCGCCAUCCGCCAUACAUCGUACAUAAAUACAUCAUCACAUAGAUACACACCGACUUACAGAAAAAGCAAGUAUCGUACAUACUCGUUACUAUUACCCCCCGACUACCCUAACAUACCUCAUACCCGCCUCGCCGCACUUGUUGUUUGUUUCCAGACGGUUGUUGGUUAUUCGUUUCCCCUUCCUCGAUUCCCUCCAUGCCUCCUGGUGGAUGGGACCGAGAGAGGUCAGUUUGUUUCGCUUUAGACUGUUUGAAGCUGGAGCAGUCCAUGUCUUCGUGUCUGUCAUUUCCGUGAUCUGUCUCGCUAUCGCUAUGGGCUUGGUGCACGCCGGUGUUACUAUCGAUGUAAACGUAUGGUCCU